UCACAGAGAAAUCGAAGCCGAAGAGUAACGUCGUCAACGAGGCCAACCCCCCUGGAUACAAUGACCAAUAACCUACCAAUGACGCAGAAGCAUCGCAUCGAAACUGCUCAUUCUAGCUGUCAACGAUCAUGACCAAUCAUGCGAUACCCAAACGUGAUCUUGCCUGGUCGAGGGGCAAAGUCGAAUGUCCCAUCAGGCCCAGACCAUGUGGGGCCAAGGAUUUUCAGCACUUGUCGACCGGCCCACGGGGUCUUAGCGUUGUUGGGGUAGGUUACGCGCAUGGCGGGGCUGAUGCAAUGCCUGAUCCGAAUUUUGGUUCUAAAAACAUUGAAGUCUUUUACAUCCAUUGAAUUUGAUCAUACGCUGAUAUUGCUGUCUUUUAUCGCUUUUGUUCCUUCCACUUCUUUGAUCGUUUCACUGGGGUAAUGCAUUGUUAGACGCGAAAGGACGUUGAACCAACGACAUGAUAUCAUCGUCAUCGUCGUCAAUUGCUUUGCCGCAGUACGACAGUCCUGCGCUGCGCAUAGCAAAGGCGCAGGAGAAGACCGGCUCUACAGCAGUGGCGGCAGGAGCAGCGACGGAAGAUGAAGAAGAAGAAGCAAAUGGAGCUGCGGUCGAACUUGCAAGGUCGUCUUCGUCUCUCAAACCGACAUGCGAUCAUACCCAACGAAGAUUGAAACCCCGUCAUAUUCAACUCAUUGGAAUUGGCGGAACGAUUGGAACAGCACUGUAUGUUCAGAUUGGCCAGGGACUGUUGCAUGGUGGACCGGCAAGUUUAUUCAUUGCCUUUUCGUUUUGGUAAGUCUCCCUCUACCUUCUGCGAUGCAUGGCUAUCAAUUUGCUUUUGCCUUUUCAAGACCUCGUCAAGAUAUUGUUGUAUGAUAUUUGGAUAGAGUGUAAGCCUUUUUGAUGUGGCAGAGCGUGGAAAGGAACAUGGUGAUUGCAGUAUUGCAAUAUCUGGCCCACCAAAAAAAGAUAGGCAAAUCUUCAAAAUUUUGUGGGCACAAGUCAAAAGGAAAUAAUCUCAUAUAAUUGCAAAAAAAUAGGUGCACA